UCAAUUCUGUCACUUCUUUCUCAUUUCAAAUUGAAUUAAUGUUUGUUUUUGUUUUUUUUUCUAUUUUAAAGGUGGAUGAACCGGCUUGGAUUGGCAGCUAUUGGCUACACACCGGAUGACAAAGUGCCACGUCCAGAUGAAGACUACUGGAGUGAGAGUGAUCAAGAUGAGGUUGAUGGCUCUAUGACACUCAAACAAGAGGGACCAUCCUCUCUCUGCGAUACUUACCACCGCACACCAUCAUCUAACCUCCUCCACACUUAUGACCAAUUGCCCCGCUCUGUCAGCUCCAUGAGCCUCAUGCGCUCCACCCCAUCUCCCCAUCCUCUACCAAUGAGUGCCUCCACCUCCCCCGUCCCUCCACAGAUGGUCUCUUCCACCUCCCCUCUUCCUCUGCAGGUCAAUUCUUCUAGCCCCUUCCCAGAGCCAAAGCAUGGGCGACAUUUUUCCAGCGAGUCAACCCACUCCCACUCAUCUGCAGAAGACCAGCGUGGAGAGGGAUUGGGCAUGGGCACGGGAACAGGCAGCACCAGUACCCACUCCUCAGGUUGCCGGUCUUCACAUCGUGAGCGUCGUUCCUGGCAGGACCUCAUUGAGACCCCUCUAACCAGCGCCGGGCUACAUUUCCUCCAGACAGCACCGGGAGAAAAUGAUUAUACUGGCCUAAUGGGAAGCAUGGCUGGGGAGAUGGGGCUGUAUGGAGGACUUGGCAGACAGGGCAUGUCGCCAGAGAGACGCCGGCAGGCUACACUGCCAGUACGAAGACAUCACGCCACAGAGAGAGACAGGGAUCGGGAUGGGCCUUUCCCUCUGGAGCGUGGUCCAUACACCCACAGCUACACGCAUCGACGUUCCCAUAAGCAGCGCAGUCAGAGUCUGCCUAGAAAUAGGGACCCAUUUGGAGGAAAGCUGAUACACUCAUCGCCUCACAUGGAGGAGAGAAGUGAAGAUGAGGAGGCAGAGAGGCAGGCCGCAGAUAUGCUUGAGGGUGAAGAGGGUAAGAAAGUUACACCUUUUCUUUAUCAUAAGAAAGGAUAA